AAGCAUCCUCCCGUCAGGAAGAAAUUCAAGGUGCCAUCCAGUAGCUUUGCCUCACGUCACUGAUCGCCCUCAGUCGGAAAUCUUGACUUGCAACUUUAGAGGGUGGGUCUCUGAAAGAAUUUCAGAGCUUACACAGAGAUGAGGUGUGUUGCUUUCUGAUGAGAACGAAGCUGACUGGAACGCUGGAAAUCUGCCUCUGACUGCUCCUCACAGGCAAGGGGCAUCUUUUGUGGGCUGAGAUUUCAGAAAAGGGAUGCUGUGAAAGUGAAGGCGAAACUUUUAUAUAUAUAUAUACGUAUAUAUAUAUACACACGUACAUACAUAUAUAGUACGUGAAUUCCUCCGCAGAAAUCUCUCAUUUAUACUCAAGAAUGUUUCAGACGUUUAAAGAAUGGUUUUGGUUGGAACGGUUCUGGCUUCCUCCAACAAUAAAGUGGUCAGAUCUUGAAGAUCAUGAUGGACUUGUCUUUGUAAAACCCUCUCAUUUGUACAUGACAAUUCCGUAUGCUUUCGUCUUGCUGGUUAUCAGACAUUUCUUUGAAAAGUUUAUCGCCAUGCCUCUAGCCAAAGCAUUUGGCAUUAAAGAGGAAGUUAGAAAGAAGAUUAUACCAAAUACCAUCUUAGAGAAUUUUUUCAAAUGUUCCACAAGGCAACCAUCUCAAGCUGAUAUUUAUGGACUGGCGAAGAAGUGUAACUUGACAGAGCGCCAGGUGGAAAGAUGGUUUAGGAGUCGGCGGAAUCAAGAGAGGCCUUGCAGGAUGAAAAGAUUCCAAGAAGCUUGCUGGCGAUUUACAUUUUACUUAAUAAUGACUGUUGCUGGAAUUGUAUUUCUUUAUGAUAAACCUUGGGUUUAUGACCUGUGGGAAGUGUGGAAUGGCUAUCCCAGGCAGCCCUUGCUGCCUUCUCAGUACUGGUACUACAUUUUGGAGAUGAGUUUUUAUUGGUCUCUGAUAUUUAGCAUUGGCUCUGAUGUCAAGAGGAAGGAUUUUCUAGCUCAUGUCAUCCACCACCUGGCUGCUAUUAGUUUGAUGAGCUUCUCUUGGUGUGCUAAUUAUAUCCGCAGUGGGACCCUCGUGAUGAUCGUGCAUGACGUGGCUGACAUUUGGCUGGAGUCUGCGAAGAUGUUUUCUUAUGCUGGGUGGAAGCAAACUUGUAACGUGCUGUUUUUCAUCUUCUCCGCCAUAUUUUUCAUCAGCCGCCUCGUUGUCUUUCCCUUCUGGAUUUUAUAUUGCACGCUGAUCCUUCCUCUGCACUACCUUGAGCCUUUCUUUUCAUACAUCUUCCUCAACCUCCAGCUCAUGGUCCUGCAAGCCCUUCACCUCUACUGGUGUUACUUCAUCCUGAAGAUGCUCAAAAGAUGUAUAUUCAUGAAGGACACCCACGAUGUGCGGAGUGAUGAUGAGGAUGGGUAUGAAGAGGACGAGGAAGAGGAGGAGGAGGAGGAGGAGGAAGCCACCAAAGGCAAAGAGAGAGACUGUUUGAAGAAUGGCCUCGGGGCCAACAGGCAUCUCAUUCUCAACGGUCAACAUGGCUGUUAGGUUGAAGUCAUGCAGCUACCGGGUCACAGUGUCCUCUAAGGGCUGCUGGAAGCCAGAGUUGCUUCCCCCUCCACAGCUGUGGCCUACAGGAGCCACAGGGACCCCAGAUUCUGCCCUUUCCUCUUUUCAACCACUACCUUCCUCUCCCCCUGAGAUGUAUUUAACAAAAUGUUGUUAAUUUGUGUUAAAAUGUUAAAUAUAGCAUCCCUAUGGAUUUUACUGCAGUUAGGAUUCAGACUGGUCAAAGAUUUCAAGGAUUUCUCCAGAGGCCCAUUUCAGUUCAGUUGUGUUCAUUCAUAUAUGUGAGACUGGUGGUUUUCCAUGCGGUCACGUCAUGCCAGUAGGACUUUGCACCUUGCCACCUUGCUCACUCUCAGGAUUACUUGAGAGGUUCUAGGGGAACCCACUUUUUCAGGUGUGUUCAGCCACAGAUAACAGCUCAUUGCCUCCCAAAGUGAUGUAGAGUACGCAAUGCAACAGUGGCAGAAGGACCAAAGGAGGUGACCAGGCUUCCAGGGCUCACUGGCCACUUUCUGAUGUGGGUGGUUUUUUUAAACCUUCCAAGCCUUGGUGUCCAGUGGGAAUAGUAAUAUUUGCCUGGCCUACCUCAUGGAGUUGGAGUAAGGAUCAAAUGAGAUAACAACAGAAGGAAAGCGUAUAACUGCCAACUGCAAUGUGACUGUUACCUGACCCUGUUUUCACUAUGAUGCCAACUCUGUUUGGGAGACAGAAACCUGGCUACACUUGGCACUGAAUGGGCCUGAACAAAAGGCACAAUCUUAAAAAAUUUAUUUUAAAUGUGUCUGGAGAUACCCAGAAGUGCAAAUAUCCAGAGGGUUGUUUCCAUUAUAUUUGGUAACAGCUACCCAGGGAUGAUUCUCAAAUUCCCCCAAAUUCUCUACCCCCAGGUCCCCUGGCCAGUGGAGGCAGCCUGGGCCCCAAUUCUUUAUUGUCUUUUGCUGGCCUCUCACUCGCUUCCUGAGAAGGAAGCUUUCCUGCCCCUGCCCCUGCCCUGAGCCCCUCCUUCAGGCUGGCAGAGCUGCCCAGACAGUAGUAGGAUCCCUCUGGGGGCCUGUCCCGGAGAGUCAGACCCAGGGCAGGCUUCUCACCUAGCCAUUAUUUCCCGGAAAACCUGAGCCUUUGGGGCAUGACAUGCAUGUGAGCUGUUGACCCAAGUGAAAUCUUAGAAACAGAAAGAGGAUGCCACACUCUUUCAUCUCUGCUACGCAACCCAAUCAGACUGCUCAACAGUAAGACAGAACAAAACAAAAGGCUGCAAAAUACCCCCUGAGAAAUGUCCAAGGACAAGUGUUAGAGUCAAUGGCAGCUCUUGGGGCUGCAGACCACUCAGGGAAUACAGAUACAAAUACCAAUACAGAUAUACCAAUACAGGCUGAUGGGUCAGUAGCCUGCUGGCGGCCCCCUCAGGGGGCACAUCUGAGCCCAGAGUGCAGGGCAGACCUGAGACUUAGGGUUCAGCUGGCUGAGGAGAGGCUGAGCCUUGCAGAGGAAGAGCUUGAACGGAACACACAAAUACCCCUCCGCACACACACACACACCAAUCUCUCAUACUUUGGGGGCCACAUUUUGCACUUUUGUCCCAUUUCCUUGGGGCCCCUAUUAUAAAACCAAGUGGGAGUUAGGGCUGUGAGGGCUGGCAAGACAUCCACACAGGCCCCCCUGAUGCGGGCUGCUGCUGCUGAGUGGAAAGGCACGGCCCAUCAAGGGGUCCCCGGUUUUUAUUCUUUAAUAAAAAGAUGUUUUUAAAAUCUUCAGGAUAAACAAAGACAAAACUCAAAACCCUUGCUAAUUCUUUCCCCAUCAAGAUCUCUUCCUGAGGAGUCAUUAGAACAACAGAAAAACCUAUGUCAAGUUUUCUCUGCCUGUUAUUUGCUUUUAUGAGUACAAUGACAUAGGCAUCAUAUGUACAAUGUUUUAUUAUAAAUCUAGAAUGCCUCCACUCCCUUUAGGACAUAGCUGUUAAAUUAUUAUUAAUAUUAUAUUAUAUUAUUAUUGGUGGAAGAAAAAUCCCAUUGAGACACUAUGUUUUAUGUUUCCAGUUAACAGACUGUUUUUUUCCUUGAUUUAUUUUGGUCUUGUCUCUGUACCAAAUUAUCUUCUUACUUAAGGUAAAAACAUGUUUAUUGGCUGCUCUA